CCCCGUCCUCGUUUGAUGGAUCCGAGGGUAGCCUGGUUUCAGCCAGAACAGCUCGGACCUGCCAACAUUUUGUGGAUGCAAAUUUGGGAAACGACGCAAGGGCUGAGGAAUCUGUUCUUUAAUAAUAACUGUGCGGCGGCAACGGCGACGGCAGCAACGAGUGUGGGCACCGAGACUAUGUUGAGAGAUAGGAGCAGCCAGGGAGGAGGGGACUUGGGCGUUCAGAGGGAUUUCCUCCCACUCGAGCCCAGCGCAAAUAACAGUAACUUCCCAGCCAGCCCAGGAGAAGGUGGCUGCCGGAAGGGCUACCCCGACAACAGCAAUAGGACCAGUGGUACGGGCAAUAAGAGGAAACGGGACAACAAGGCCAGCACUUUCGGGUUAAACUACAGCCUCUUGUCUGGAAAUGGCCAUUACAACGGAACUCCCUGGAAAAGCCGGAACUACAGCGAGGGAGUCUUGGGGCUUCAUGAAGAAAUUAUUGACUUCUACAACUACAUUUCGCCUAGACAUGAAGAGGAAAAAAUGCGGAUGGAGGUUGUUGAAAGAAUAGAAAGUGUCAUCAAAGAACUGUGGCCCAAUGCUGAUGUGCAGAUAUUUGGAAGUUUUAGCACUGGUCUGUACUUGCCAACAAGUGAUAUUGACUUGGUAGUGUUUGGAAAAUGGGAGAGUCUACCUCUUUGGACUUUAGAGGAAGCACUUAGGAAACACAGUGUUGCUGAUGAGAGCUCUGUCAAAGUCUUGGAUAAAGCAACCGUACCUAUUAUUAAACUAACAGACUCCUACACUGAAGUAAAAGUUGACAUCAGCUUCAAUGUACAAAAUGGAGUAAAAGCUGCUCAGCUUAUUCAUGAAUUUAUCAAGAAGUUUCCUGUGCUCCCGUACCUGGUUCUAGUGCUGAAGCAGUUCCUGCUGCAGAGAGACCUAAAUGAAGUGUUCACUGGUGGCAUUGGCUCCUACAGCCUAUUCCUAAUGGCUGUUAGUUUUCUACAGUUACAUCCUCGAGAAGAUGUCUGCAGCUGUGAUGCUAACCUUGGUGUGCUUCUAAUUGAAUUUUUUGAACUGUAUGGAAGGCAUUUUAAUUAUCUUAAGACUGGUAUUCGGAUAAAUGAUGGGGGCUCAUAUGUUGCUAAGGAUGAAGUGCAAAAAACGAUGGCUGAUGGAUACAGGCCAUCAAUGCUUUAUAUUGAGGAUCCGCUGCAACAAGAAAAUGAUGUUGGUAGGAGUUCUUAUGGUGCCAUGCAGGUAAAGCAAGCCUUUGAUUAUGCCUAUGUUGUUCUAAGUCACGCUGUAUCUCCAAAUGCAAAAUAUUUCCCAAACAGAGAAUGUGAAAGUAUAUUGGGUCGAAUAAUCAGAGUAACUCAGGAAGUCGCUGACUACAGGACUUGGAUACAUGAACAUUGGGGACCACCGAACAGUAAUGAUUCUCCAUUUAAUGGGAAUGAUGUGACUUUGCUCGUUGGCCCACCACAGCUGGAUAAAUGUAACAACAAUAUUUCAGAAGAGUGUGCAGUCAUAGGCCAGCCCAGAUGCAGGACCUCUGAAACAUGUCUCAGCAAACACUCUUCAAACUCAUCAUCUGGUCCAUUGUCAUCUGCAUCUUCUACCUUAUCGAGUUCAAGUGAUGUUGACUCUGAUGGGACACCUUGCAAAACUUCCAAACAAUCUGGCAGUCACCAGUCCACUAUUAACAGAUCAGUGCCACAGGAAUCUGCAGCAGAAUCGUCUCCAUUGCCAAAUUUGAAAGCGCAGCAUAGUACAUCAAGCAAUUCAACAAUUAACACCACUAAAGCUCAGCAUGGUGCAGCAAGACUAUUUCGUUCAUCUAUCAAAGGCUUCCAAGGGCAACAGAACUCCAACCAUGUUGGAAGUGUAACAAACAAACAGAAUCCAGGCAACAAGCCACAUCAGCAGCACUGUCCUAGCAAAAAGAGGAAGCACAAAGGAGAUGCUGCCUCAGCAGACUUGUGUCGGUAGUCUGUUUUUGACUUGGUUAAAGAAAAUUCCUGCAGUGAUCCCAUAAGCUAUGGAAGACAGGUAGCACGAGAUGGGAUCUUCUCAGACUUUCCCAGGAGAAUGGAUUUUGAUUUGUUUUUUUUCCAGAUUGCCAUAAAAUGAUCAUGGGUUACAGUGGUUGUCGCAAACAUUGCUUCCCUUUUUAGAUGGGCCAUAAGCUGCAGUGGAGCAGACUGAAGAUGGAAUCGAUGCACAAAAAUGCCCCUCCCUGGGUUUAAGAUGUAAUGGAAGUUGAUCAGAAAGGAGUGUUGGAGGAUCUUAAAAUUAUUGAAAAAUGAAAUUUCCAUUGCUUCCUUUGCAAGGGAAAUUUUAAAUGUUACAACAAAAUGUAUACUUUGUGCACGAUUUUAAAAUUAUUUUUGCAGAUACUGACAUUUUUAUUGUGUAUAUACGGAAGGUUGUAUCAGCACAGUAUUUGCAUUGGUAACCUUUGUUUUCAGUUAAUAGUUUUUACAUGUCAUUGCAAUUUACAUUUAAUAUUGAAAUUUUCUGUAUUACUUGUUAACUUAAUGGAUCCCAAGGAUGUUAUUUGACACGGCUUAUAUAAUGAAAGGCUAUAUGGUAAGCUUAUAAAGUGCUCCACUAAUACUUAUCUAUGUAGCAACUUCCAGAUUCAUUUAUUGGUUUUUGAAAUAGAAGAUAUUGCUCCAGCAGCUGUUGAAAUACACUCAGUUAAAGGCUUUAAGUAGCACAUGGCAUCUGGAAAAGUGAAGCGCAACAUUUUUAAUACUGUUUAAUUCUGUAUGCAGCAUGUAGAUAUUUGUACAACAGUUAAUGCUGUAUGAACAGAAUUGUUCCUAUCAAAUAUUUUGAAGGAAGUUUUAAUAUUUCCUUGUCUCAGGUGUUACAGUAAAUAUUCAUAUUGUAUUUUACCAAAUGGAGUGAUCACAAAAUUUCCUUCUAAAUACAUCCUUCUAGAUCUGGCAGCAUAAAUCUGUGGUGGUCCCUAUUUCUGGCUUUUCUAUGUUGUGAUAAUACAAAUUUUAAGUUGAACUCUAGAACAAAUAAUAUCAUAUUUAAUUUCUUUCAGCAGUAACUUCCUAGUAUUCUGCUGUAAUAGAUAAUUCUUUUGAUCUUAACUUUUAUGCAUGCAUAUCUAUUUGCUGAGCCCUUCAAUCCUGGUAUAAUUCUGGCUUGAAUUCUUCUACGUAAAAUCAUGACCAAAUAUCAUGCAACUAACUAAGACCCAUUAAGUGUUGACUAGUGAUAUGUGUGUUUACACACUUUGUAAGCUGAAACAGUAGUAGAAAGGCUCACAGUACAAUGUUCCUUUUAGCUGUGAAUGAAUUUGGUGCUUUAAAAUUAAUACUUUAAACAGCAAUCUACUUGUGAUGAUGGGGACUGUACCUGGAAAGGCAUGGACUUAGUUACUAUUGCUCUAGGACAAAAUGAUCAAAAAACUACACUAAAUAAAGCCAAUUGGAGUGGUGAGGAAAAUCAAA